AUGCAAAUUAAAAUUUGGCGCUCUCAGCUUCGUUUUCAGAGACGGAACAGAGAAGAACAAGAAUAUGCAAGAGAAGAAGCAAAGAUGUGGGGCAAGAAGACAGAGACACAGAAACCGUCAGCAGAGAAGAUAUUUUCCCAGAGGGCAUCAAGAACUUUGUUCCUCUUUCUCUUCUCUUUUUUCUUGUUUUCAAACUUGCUGGCAGCCAACUGGUUUCCUAAAAGUCUGCCUUGUGAUGUGAUAGUAGAAGACAAAGGUGCUACAGUGGUUGUAGACUGCAGUGAUCGCCACUUGACUGACAUCCCACCUGGCAUUCCAUCCAAUACCACCAAUCUGACCUUAAACAUAAACCACAUUCCAAACAUUUCACCAGAAUCGUUUGGUAACCUGAAGGACCUGGUUGAGAUAGAUUUUCGAUGCAACUGUGUACCUCUUAUGCUGGGGCCAAAAGACCAUAUUUGCAAUGAAAGGUUAUCUAUUAAGAAUGGAAGUUUUUCUGCACUGCAUAAUUUAAGAUCACUUUAUUUAGAUGGAAAUAGGCUUUUAGAUUUCCCCAGUGCUCUUCCACCAAAAGUAGUGCUGUUGAGUCUGGAGGCAAAUAACAUAUUCUCUCUCUCCAAACAGAAUCUUUCAGAACUUAAAAAUAUUGAAAAUUUAUACCUUGGUCAGAACUGCUAUCACCGAAACCCUUGCAAUGUCUCUUUUUAUAUUGAAAAAGAUGCUUUUGAAGACUUAAAGAAUUUGACUGUUUUAUCUAUUAAAUCAAAUAAUUUAUCUUAUGUUCCUGGGGGGCUUUCGAGCAGUGUGAAAGAAUUGUACCUCUACAACAACAGAAUACAGUCUAUCGGAGAACAUGACUUACAGAAUCUGUACAAUUUAGAGAUUCUGGAUUUAAGUGGAAAUUGCCCUAGAUGCUAUAAUUCUCCAUUUCCGUGUACCCCAUGUGAAGGUGGGGCACCUAUCAUGAUACACCAAAAUGCUUUUGCCACCUUGAAAAAUCUACGGACCCUACGUCUUCACAGUAACUCACUGCGGAAAGUCUCAAGCGCAUGGUUUAAAAACUUUAAUAACCUCCAAGUGCUCGAUCUGUCACAAAAUUUCCUGGCAACGGAAAUUGCACAAGCUAAUUUUAUGAACCUUCCAAAACUAAAAGAACUAGACUUAUCCUUCAAUUUUGAUCUUCAAGAAUAUCCUAAAAGCUUACAGCUUUCAGGGUCAUUUUCCACAUUGCUCUCAUUGGAAACAUUGAGAAUCCGUGGUUAUGUAUUCCAGGAACUGAAGCAAAAAGAUCUGGCACCUUUGUUUAAAUUAAAAAACCUCACACUUUUGGAUCUAGGAACAAAUUUCAUCAAAGUAGCAGACUUUACCUUGUAUAAAAUGCUUUCUUCUCUUCAAACGCUUAUUCUCUCCAAUAAUAAAAUAUCUCCAUCUGGUGGCUCCAAUUCGGAUGCAUGUUCAAGGGUCAAUACACUUCCAGGACAAUAUGACAGAGCUUUCCAAGAUGUUCACUAUUUCAUGUUUGAUGAAAAUGCCCGUCGCUGUAAAUCCAAAAGAAAAGAGGAAUUCACUUUUGAGCUAUUUGUGAAUGAGGACUGUCAAACUUAUGGAAAGACGUUAGAUCUAAGUCAAAAUAAUUUUUUCUUUGUCAAUCCAGCAGACUUUACGGAUCUGGAUUUGGUUAAGUGCCUGAAUCUGUCAGGAAAUGCUAUUAGUCAGACUUUAAAUGGCACAGAAUUUAUUCCUCUACGAAACCUAAAAUAUCUGGAUUUUUCCAACAACCGCAUUGACCUUCUCUAUCAAACUGCAUUCCAAGAGCUUACGGAACUAGAAGUUCUGGAUCUUAGUUCCAACAAACAUUACUUUUUGGCAGAAGGGAUAACUCAUAUGCUAAAUUUUACAUCCAAUCUAAAAAAGUUAAAAAAGUUGAUGAUGAACUGGAAUGAAAUAUCCAGUUCAACAAAUAAUGAAAUGGUCAGUCAGUCACUUCACACCCUGGAGUUUAAGGGAAACUCCUUAUAUAUUUUAUGGAAAGAGGGAGAUAAAAGAUACUUAAACUUUUUUAAGAGACUUUCUAAGCUUUCUAAGCUGGACAUUUCCGACAAUUCCUUAGCCUCUAUUCCACCAGGUGUAUUUGAAGGUAUGCCUCCUAAACUCAUAGAACUUUGCUUGGCAAAAAACAAGUUAAAAACAUUUGACUGGGAAAAACUGCAUCUUUUGCAAAAGCUUGAAGUUUUGGACCUAAGUGACAAUUAUUUGACUGCUGUGCCUUCUGUGUUAUCCAAAUGCACCACUUCCAUCAAGAAACUUAUUUUAAGUAACAACAAAAUUAAAAAGUUAACUCAGCAGUUUCUCAAGAAUGCUUUCUCUUUAAAAUACUUGGACUUAAGUAACAACAAGAUUCGGUUUAUAGGUCAGUCCAGUUUUCCAGAGGAUGUUAUUGAUAACUUAGAUCUGUUAUUAAUAGGAGGCAACCCAUUUAAGUGCAACUGUGAUGCCAUAUGGCUUGUUUCUUGGAUAAAUCGCACAACUGUAACCAUUCCCAAUUUAGUAACUGAUGUUAUUUGCGCUGGCCCCGGGUCUCACAGAGGGAAGAGUCUGGUUCUCUUAGACAUGUAUACAUGUCGACAAAAUAACUAUGACAUCAUUUUAUUUUCUUUAUUUACAUCAUUCAUUAUUGGCCUUAUGUUGAUCUCCAUUUCAAGUCAUCUUUUCUACUGGGACUUCUGGUACAUAUAUCAUUUGUUGAAAGCCAAGGUUGAUGGAUAUAAGAGGCUUCCUAAAGUUUGCUAUGAUGCAUUUAUUGUCUAUGACACCAAGGAUGUUGCUGUAUCAGACUGGGUAUUAAAAGAACUGGUGAAUGUGCUUGAACAAAAAGGGGACAAAAUGUAUAACCUGUGUUUAGAAGAAAGAGAUUGGUUGCCAGGCCUGGCUUUUGUGGACAAUCUUUCAGAAAGUGUUCAGCUUAGCAGAAAAACUGUUUUCAUUCUAACAAGGAAAUAUAUUGAAACUGGACAUUUCAAAACCACGUUCUAUAUAGCCCACCAGCGUCUUAUUGAGGAAAGAACUGAUGUAAUUGUUUUAAUAUUUCUUGAAACAACUCUACAAAGGUCGCGGUAUCUCAGAUUGAGAAAGCGUCUGUGUCGAAGCUCAGUUCUGUAUUGGCCAUCCAAUCCGAAUUGUCAUAAUUACUUUUGGCAUUGCUUGAAAAUGACAUUAGCAUCAGAUAAUCAAAUGGCAUCUGAUAGGCUCUUGAAAGAGAGAAUAUAAGGGUUAUUGCUUUACCUACAGAGCAGUAGGAUCAGUGGACAAUUUGUACAAGGAAACCAUAUACAAGUCAAUGGCAUCAUAAUGUUGUGCAAUAUAUAUCAUAAUAUCAAUGUAUUUUGUAAAAAUGGCCUUAUCGCAUGAAAAA